CAAGUAUUCAAUAGUCGCUCAACGAUUAUGACGUAGUUAAUAUUAAUUGUUAUGAUAUAGCUUAGUAAUUACAUAUUGUAUUAAUUUCUUAAAUCAAUAAUUAUUAUUCUUAUUUAUAAUUAUAUUCGUUUAACAUUAUAAAUGUAAGUUAAUCAAUAAUUAGCUUUGAUUUGACACAUCGAUAAAAUUGUAUAAAAAGGGUAGAUAAUCAUUUUAAGCAUUCAUUAUUAUUCGACUUGUUAACAACGUUACGCUGUUCAAAAAUAUAGACAGAUUGUGGUAAUCGCCUUGGCUAUUUUAAUUUAGAAACCCACCAGUGUUUUACAUCUCAGAAGUGGGAUUGUGCCCAAAAAUGUCUGGACCUUACUUAGAUGGUUUGGGCCAGCGCAAACGAAAAAAUAAUGAAUCAAGCAGCUCGGAAGAUGAAAACAGUGAUUUUUUUUUCUCUGACGGUGAUUGUAAAAAGAAACUGUACAAAAAACGACACGUUGCUCCCAGUGAUGCGGAAGUGAUCCCUAAAUUUCGACCGGAGGACACUAAUAGCAAUAUUAUAGGUUGGCUGCACAAAAUAGAUCAAUUGGGCGACGUUUAUGGCUGGGAUCACACCGAUCGAACAUUUAUUAUGCAAUUACGACUACGUGGCUCCGCCCGAGAAUGGUACGACGAUCUCGAUAAUUAUGACCUGACAUGGGAUGAAUGGAAGGAGAUGCUGCAGACUGCCUUUCCACGAUCGACUGAUUACGUGGACAAAUUAGAACGGAUGUUGGCGAGGACAAAAGAAGACAAAGAGAGUAUGACGAAGUAUUAUCAUGAGAAAUUGUCUUUAGUUAAGAGAUGUAACAUCACCGGCGAAGAUGCUAUCUCGUGUAUAAUUCGUGGACUACCUUAUGAACUGAGAGCCAACGCUAAAGCAUAUACUUGUAAUACUCCUGAACAAUUAUAUUAUGGCUAUUUAUCAUCAUUAGAAAAUUUCAAACGAAUGGAAACACAAACUGUGCGGAAAUCGACGUGGAAAAGAGGAACCAAUAAUGGUGCGCUAGGUUCAACAUCAAGCCAUCAGCUCCAGCCGAAGAUAUGCUACAUGUGUCGGCGGCCGGGUCACGAAGCACGAGACUGUAGACAACAACAGCACUGCGAAAAAUGUCGCCGUAACGGACAUACUACUGCAGCCUGUUGGUUUGGUGCUGGGACAUCGCGACCGCAAUUAAAUCAGAAUUUGGGGAUCAGCACUGGAGAACAGCAAAACAAGGACCGUGGGACACGGCCUACACAGGAUGGCCGAGUGUUAUCAAGUAUUCAAUAGUCGCUCAACGAUUAUGACGUAGUUAAUAUUAAUUGUUAUGAUAUAGCUUAGUAAUUACAUAUUGUAUUAAUUUCUUAAAUCAAUAAUUAUUAUUCUUAUUUAUAAUUAUAUUCGUUUAACAUUAUAAAUGUAAGUUAAUCAAUAAUUAGCUUUGAUUUGACACAUCGAUAAAAUUGUAUAAAAAGGGUAGAUAAUCAUUUUAAGCAUUCAUUAUUAUUCGACUUGUUAACAACGUUACGCUGUUCAAAAAUAUAGACAGAUUGUGGUAAUCGC